AUGGGUACGAAGCAAAGUGUCUUGAAAAAGGAAAUAGCCUCUCUCCGACUAGAACUGCGAGAAAGGUCAGCAAAGCACCAAGAAGAGCUUACGAAAGCUAAGAAGGAGGUGCGAUUGCUACAAACCAAACUUCAGGAGCUUCAAGAUAUCAUAAGACAAGCUGAUGAUGAAACCGAUAAGCUGAAGGUUGAAGCUCGUAAUCAGGAAGAGCGUAUGAAGGCUUUAAUGUGGGAAUUGGCCCGACAGCUGAGGCUGAAUGGAACACCCAUUUUAACUAGUCCACGCUCGUCGCAAGCUACUUCGCCCUCGACACGGAUAGCGUUAAAGUGGAGACUAAACGACGACUUGAUGUUACGACAAUCUACCGUGUCACCGAAAAAGAAUGCCGUAUCUUUGAAAGAAGUUUCACUAGAUAGCGCAGCAAGUAGCAAUUGUCACGACUCUAAAGAAGCUACAAAUGUGACAUCCCCUCACCGAUCUCCAUUGAUUCGGCUCGAUUCUACCAGCUCGUUGACAAAAAUCAGUCAAUCAGAUCUCGAGAAUAAUUGUAAGCUUUCAUCUAAAUCAAACUCCAACGAAUUGAAGCGAGAAGAUCAGGAAUUAAUACUUGAGCGGACACAAGAUGCUGAGAUAUUUGCUUGGGAAUACAAAAGCGAAAGCGAUAGUGAUACAAAUUAA